AUGGCCACUGCGGCUAUGGCGACUCCUAUUGCGGCUAUGGCUGCCAAGGCGGCCCUUGCUACAACGGAACCUAUCCUUACGAAUGCAAUUGUGUGUGGCCCUGGUUGCCAAGCCGGGCCUUGUUAUAAUAACACUUAUCGGCCUGCUCCUUCUGAUUAUUGCAACUGUGCUAGUGAUCAUUGCUGCAGUCAACAUGGUUAUUGUGGCUCUGCUGAUGCAUAUUGUGGCUAUGGAUGCCAAUCGGGUCCUUGCUAUCAAUCUGCGAACCCUAACAAUGUUUCUAUAGAAGAUAUUGUGACAUCGCAAUUUUUCUAUAGCAUAGCUGGAAAGGCUUCGCAAAAUUGUCCCGGGAAAGGGUUCUAUACAAGAAAUUCAUUUCUCUAUGCCACUGAAUCCUUUCCUUUGUAUGGUAGGGUUGGCACAUAUACUGAUUCUUUGCGUGAAAUUGCAGCUUCUUUUGCUCAUUUCAGUUAUGAAACUGGGUGCUUUUGCUACAUAGAAGAGGCGAACGGUCCUUCUAGAAGCUACUGUGACGACAGAUAUUCAGACUACUCAUGUGUUAAAGGGCAAUACUACUACGGCCGAGGACCAAUUCAACUACAAUGGAAUUACAAUUACGGCGAAGCCGGAGAUGAAAUUGGAUUCGAUGGAGUAUCCAGUCCUUCAACAAUUGCCAGAGACAACGUCGUAUCGUUUAAAACUGCCUUAUGGUACUGGGUUACUCGCCUGCAGCCGCAUUUACAGCAAGGAUUUGGGGCUACAAUAAGAGCCUUUAAACCUUCAGAAUGUAAUGGAAGAAACCCUAACGCCGUUAAGUCUCGUGUUAAUCUUUACACCAAGUAUUGCGACCAACUUGGUGUUGAUCCUGGAGAUUCUCUCUAUUGUUAGCCUAAUUUGCCAGGUAAAAUUAACGUGUCCUCUCAAGGUUGGAGAAGGGUUAAUUUUUUGUCUUUAAAUAAAUAUUAAUGAAUAAAGAGGACAAUAAACAACGGCAACUAACUCUUGAAUUAUUAAUUUAUAACACAAGAAGAGAAGGCUUGUUCUUUUUGUAGCACUUUGUGUAUUGAACCAACAUUACAUCAAGUUUUUUCGUCGAUUAUAUGUAUGAAUAAUUCAGAAGCUAAGAAUAUGUGCUAUAAAUUAAUAUGAUUUAGCUAGUUGCAA